CUUGCGAAGCAGUCAUUUUUGUUACAUAAGAUUGUCUCUUCUCUUACUCUCGACAGCAACUGUUCAAGAUGAAGUCUUUCAUUGUCCUCGUUUGUCUUUUUGCUUAUGCCAACGCUCACGCUUGCAUGUUGUUUCCAGCCCAGCGUGGCCCAAUACCAAAUGAUAUUCUAGUAAAAUCAGGUGCCGAUACUUGCCUGGUUAUUAAGGACCCUCCUUGUGGUGGUGCUGAAGCUGAAGACCCAAAGGUUUCCUUUACUGCAGGUAAUAAUGCUACAGUUGAUAUACAGAAAAAUCUUGACCACUUCUACUCUCAGAAUCCAGGAAGCUGGGAGGUAUUCUUGUGGGAUGGUGGCUCUAGUGGUAAAUCUGUAGCUAAGUUUGCUGAUUCCAGUGAUUUCAAGACACUUGAUAACAAAGCUGUUACUGUCAUGAUCCCCUCUGAUGCUGGCAAGGGAAAAGCUAUCCUUCAGCUUAUCUACACUACCAACAACCCCAAUGCUCCUGCUAUGUUUUACCAGUGUGCUGACGUCAUGAUCAAUUGAUCAUACUGAGAAGGCUGAAGAACUAACUUGCUGCUUAUAGAAUACUUUUUGAUACUUUUGUCCUUUGAUUUUAGGCUGCUAUUUGAUUUUAACAAUAAUAUAGCUUUAAAUAAACCGUGUUUUUAGGAAUUCUUAAUAAUAUAGCAA